UGCAGCUAGGGUUUAACAACUAACGCCCAAACCCUACUGAAAAAUCUUCACAGCUACCAUCCACCUCACCACCACGAGAGAGAAGGCUCGUCUUCUUCCUCUGCGCCUACUGAAACUGUAAAACCCUAAUUCGUUAGAGAACCAGUCGCCAUGACAGACCAAAACCUUCACGCGCCGCCGGAGGACGAGACGAAGAAGAAGAAGCGCAAGAGAAACAGAGCGAAGAAGCCGUCGGAAUCGGCGGGUACGGAGCAACCGGAGCCCGAAAAUACUAAGGGGGAACAGGCUAAGGGCGAGAGCGAGAAGAAAAGGAAGAAGGUGAAGAAAUUGAAGGGAGAGGAACCGGAGGCUCAGAGCCCUGUGGAGGACAAUGAGGAAGAAGAAGAGGAGGGGGAAGAAGCAAUGGAGGAGGAGGAGGAGGAGGAGAAGAAAGUGAGAAGUGGCGGCGGAGGGACUGGGAUUAUGAGCACGGAGUCGUUUGCUUCGUUGAAUUUGUCUGAGAACACUUACAAGGCCAUUGAAGAAAUGAAAUUUCAGUAUAUGACUCAGAUUCAAGCUAGAGCAAUCCCACCGCUCUUGAUCGGGAAAGAUGUCCUCGGAGCUGCAAGGACAGGGUCUGGUAAAACUCUUGCUUUUCUAAUACCAGCUAUGGAGCUGCUAUAUAACACACAUUUUGCUCCUCGUAACGGAAUGGGUGUUGUUGUGAUUUGCCCAACACGGGAACUUGCGAUACAGACCCAUGCUGUGGCAAAGGACCUUCUAAAGUAUCACUCUCAGACUCUUGGCUUGGUAAUUGGAGGUUCAGCUAGAAGAGGGGAGGCAGAACGUAUUGUAAAAGGAGUAAAUUUAUUGGUUGCAACCCCUGGUCGACUUCUUGACCAUCUUCAGAAUACCAAAGGAUUCAUAUAUAAGAACUUGAAGUGCCUCGUGAUUGAUGAAGCUGACAGGUUAUUGGAAGCAAACUUUGAGGAGGAAAUGAAACAGAUUGUCAAGAUUCUGCCAAAGGAUAGGCAAACAGCUUUAUUUUCAGCAACCCAAACUAAGAAGGUUGAAGAUCUUGUUAAGUUGUCGUUUCGAAAAGAUCAGAAACCUAUCUACGUUGAUGUGGACGAGGGGAGGUCAAAGGUCACCAAUGAAGGGCUGGAACAAGGCUAUUGUGUUGUGCCAAGUGCUAAGAGAUUUCUACUCUUAUAUUCUUUCCUGAUAAAGAAUACAUCUAAGAAAGUUAUGGUCUUCUUCUCGUCUUGUAACUCAGUGAAAUUUCACUCCGAACUUCUUAGAUACGUUAAUGUGGAUUGCUUUGAUAUCCAUGGAAAGCAAAAGCAGCAGAAGAGGACAACUACUUUCUUUGACUUUUGCAAAGCAGAGAAAGGAAUCUUACUUUGUACUGAUGUUGCUGCUCGUGGACUAGAUAUUCCUGCUGUGGACUGGAUUUUGCAGUUUGAUCCUCCAGAUGAACCGACGGAAUAUAUCCAUAGGGUUGGUCGAACAGCUCGAGGGGAAGGUGCAAAAGGAAAGGCACUACUUUUCCUCAUUCCUGAAGAGUUGCAAUUCAUUCGCUAUUUGAAGGCUGCAAAUGUCCCCGUUAAACCAUACGAUUUUAAUGAAAAGAAGCUGAAGAAUGUGCAGUCUAAACUGGAGGAGAUGGUUCAAAACAAUUACUACCUGAAUAAAUCAGCAAAAGAGGCGUAUACAUCUUAUCUAUUAGCAUAUAAUUCACACUCUAUGAAGGACAUCUUUAAUGUACACCGGCUUGAUCUGCAGGCGGUGGCAGCUUCGUUUUGCUUUUCUAAUCCACCCAAGGUGCAUUUGAACCUAGACAGCAACAAAUCAAAGUUCAAGAAGAAGAUGCGUAAAGAAGCAAGUCGAAAUGGAUUCAGUGAGAGCAAUCCUUACGGCAAUCGAAAAGGCGGAGAUGAUAGACAAUUUGUAAGGCACUAGAGGAGCCUUGUGUGUGCAGCAAUUCUGCUUCUUUCUUCUCUCGUGCGACAGUUUUGUUUAUCUUCUACUGAGGCGUUGAAGCCGAAACUGAGACUGUAAAACGCAAUUUUGAUCGAUGGCUUCAUUGUGCUUCGUCUUCCCUAGUUAUUACUGUGUAAAUUAACAUUGAUGUUUUUAGUACAUGGAUUUGUCUUUGACACUGUUAUGAUAAUAUCAAUUACAAUUGCAAUCC